AUUAGAAUUGAAAUAACUUAAUCAAGUUGAAAAAUUUAUUCAAACUAACAACUUUUUUUUUUCAGUGCACAAAAAAUCUAACUGUAAUUCUUAAAGAAAAAGCUCGUAAGCGCUUGUAAAAUGACGGAAUAUUUAAAGUAUGAUAUCACAUAUGACAUAGAUUUACGCGUUCUUUUAAAUAAGUAGAACGUUAUGUCUCAUUAUAUUAGAUAUACUGUUUUCAAAAUUGAAUUUUAAUCUUAGUAAAUGACCGAUGUUUUGAGGUCGUCAAAAUAAAAUAUUCGAGCUUCAUACGUACAAUCAUUGUUUAUUCUUUUAUCUCAAUUUUGAUAAAAUUUUCCUUUUCUAAAAAGAACUUUUAGAGCAACGGAAAGUUUCGCAGGAAACGCAUAUUUUUUCAGAUUAUACGUAAGAGACAAGUGACUAUUGUAAUUCUCAAAUUUCAGAUCGGCCGUACAGUUCAUUGUGCAUGCAGUGAUAUCGUAAUUUAAAUUCAAAUUCAUUAUCGAUUUAAAUUUGUAGAAAUUGAGCAGUGUUGACGUAUAAACAAUUGUAAUCACAACAAGUAUAAUUAUAGUUUAUUAUUAAUAAUAAUUAAUAAUAACUAUUAUUAAUUAAAGACUAAUUGAUAGUGAUGGAUUAUUUUGAAGGUAAUCUAUUUAAUAUUUAGUAUCAAGUUUCUUCCUUUUAUUUUGCAUUUUAUUUUUCUCUUUUUUCAAUAUUUCAUUUAACUCUUACCCGAUGCAUUUCAGUGCAAUUUCAUAACCAGUACCUUAGGAUCUGUUAAAACCCCAACAAACAAAAAUGCUUGCCCCAAAAAAGAUAUUAACAUUAGUGACUUGAAAACAUUCAGAUUAUCUUUCAAACAUUUUACUUUAAGACAAAAUGGUUGUUUCCAUUAAAAUUUAAUUUUAAGUAUGUAAACAAUUUUUACGAUUUUUGUGAAUUUUUUAUUGUUAUUUGAAUUAAAUUCAGUUGGAGUAAGAUUGACCUCACAGCAUCGGAUAAGGGUUAAGUAUAUUUUAUAAAUAAUAAAUAUUUAAUAAAUAUUUAAUUCUUUCUCCAUAGAAAGUUAAACUGUUGCUACCAAAUAUAAUGUGAACAUUAAUAAUUAUUGCUAAUACAACGGCAAAAAUAUUAAACCAUCAAUACAAUAUUAGAAAUUUUUUCUAGUAGUUAGUGAUGCAUAUGUAAAAACAAAUUAACUUCUAAAUUAAGUAUUAAUCUCUUUCUUUACAUUGAUCUCGAGGAAUAAAGUUUCUUUUAAAGUUAAUGAAGGGAUUUAUUUUAAAAUUAACUAUUUCUGUCAAUUCUGGAAAUCUUUAUUUUUCAGUAAUUUCCAUUUGAGUCAUAAAUUAAUUUCUAUCGCCAAUAAAUUUAAAAUCCAUUUAAAAAGAAGUUUUACAAUGUAAAGUUUAUAAACAAUACUUCUUUCAAUUUUGAAAUCAAGCGUAUUCAAGCCAGCUUUAAAUAACAUUGCGUAAAAUAUAAUCGUAUCUUGUUACGUAUUUUAAUUUAAUAAAUUAUUAUGUAAUAAAUUAUUAUAUGGUAAGGGACAAAUCCAGCAUUACGUUUUUGAUUGCAGUAGCACAUCCGUUGAUUAUGUCUUUAGCUUUGAAGCUUCCCUUCAUAGCAUUGGGAUAUCUCAUCAUUAAUAUGCGUCUAGACAUCAUAGACAAAAACAAUCGUCCACAAACGGUACCAACAGAAAAUCUGUUGGCUGAGUAUGAUUAUGUGAUAAUCGGCGGAGGAUCAGCAGGUGCUGUGAUAGCCAGUCGGUUGUCGGAAGGCGAAGGUCACACCGUGCUUUUACUCGAAGCCGGUGUCGACGAAAUACCUUUAUCCGAUGUGCCCUGGUCUUAUCAUUCCUUACAGCACACGUAUCUGGAUUGGAAUUUCGAAGUAAAGCCGUCGCCCAAUUAUUGCCUGGCGAUGCGUAAUCGCCGUUGUAGAUGGCCACGUGGCAAGGUGUUAGGUGGUAGCAGCGUAUUAAAUGCGAUGAUUUACAUUCGUGGUAACAAAAAAGACUACGAUUCCUGGGCGGCUCUCGGUAACGUAGGAUGGAAUUAUGAGAGCAUUCUGCCAUAUUUCACGAAGUCCGAAGACAUCAGGAUCGAAAAACUCAUCAACUCGCCUUAUCAUAGAAAAAACGGUUACUUGACGGUGGAACAUUUCAAGUAUAUUCCAUCGAUGGCCGAUUAUAUCAUUCAUUCCGGCGAAGAAUUGGGAUACAAAGUGCUUGAUGUCAAUGGUGCAAAUCAGACUGGUUUCACACAUAUUUUCGGUACUUUAAGGAAUGGUUUGAGAUGUAGCACUGCUAAAGCUUACCUCCGACCUGCCUCAAAAAGGAAGAAUCUACACAUCAGCUUGAGAUCGUUCGUGGAGAAGAUAUUAGUAAAAAAAGAUGGUACAUCGAAGAGGGCACAAGGAGUAAUAUUUCGCAGGGACGAGAAACGUUUCGUAGUAAAUGCGAAACGCGAAGUGAUUCUCUCCGCAGGUGCGAUACAGUCGCCGCAACUACUGAUGCUGUCGGGAAUCGGACCGAGGCACCAUCUCAAAGCGAUGAAAGUACCUGUGAUACAUCAUGCACCCGGUGUAGGACAAAAUCUUGAAGAUCACGUGGGGAUGGGCGGAAUAAUCUACAUCAUUGAUCCUCCGCGUGACAUAUCAAAACAAAACAAAUUCACUACAAGACUAUCUGAAAUUAUAAAGUUAAAAAGUAUUCAAGAAAUGAUGCUAAAUAGUUCUGGUCCACUCUACACGACAAUAUACACUGCUGGAACAGCAUUCGUCAAUACUAAAUAUACAAACGGGCUCGAUUAUCCGGAUGUACAGUUGAUAUUUUCAGGUUUCUCAGAUUACGGAAUUCUCUCAUCAAAUUUAUACGGGAUUGAAUCGAGCAUUAUUAACGGAUUGUAUGCAAAUAUCACAGAAGAUAUUCAAGCUUUCGGAAUUUUUCCACUUCUUUUAAGACCACGUAGCAAAGGUUUCAUCAAACUUAAAUCAGCUGAUCCGCAUGAGGCUCCUGUCAUUAUUCCAAAUUAUUUCGAGGAUCUUCGUGAUCUCCAAGUUCUAGUGGAGAGCGUGAGAUUUAUAGAAAGUAUGAGUCGUACUCGUCUUUGGCGGCAGUUAAAUGCACGACCAAACCCAAAUUUAAUACCGGGUUGCUCACAGUUUAAUGGUUCAUCGGAUGAGUAUUGGGCUUGUUACGCACGUCAUUUCACAUCGACAAUAUAUCAUCCAGUUGGCACAUGCAAAAUGGGCCCUGCCAGUGAUCCCUACGCCGUCGUUGACGCUAGAUUAAGAGUUCAUGGAAUCGUUGGAUUGCGAGUGAUCGACGCGUCAAUCAUGCCGCACAUAGUUUCAGGAAAUACUAACGCUCCAACGAUUAUGAUAGCUGAGAAAGGUGCCGAUAUGAUAAAAGAAGAUUGGUCAUAAUUAAAUAAAUUUAGCUAAAGAUUCCGUUUCACGAAAAAAGAGGUCGGUAUAGGAUAAAACCAGGGUAUUGCUAUUUUCCGAGUUACUACAUAUAAUAGUAAAAGAAAGUCAUCAAAAGAGAGAAAAAGAGAGAAAGAGAUAUUGACAUAUUAUUUUAUUUUGAAAUAAAUUUCUUGACUUUUUCUGGUCUCGUUAGACAUGUACGUGUCUUUCAAAAUUCACAUCUUUGAUAAAGAAUGAAGCUAUAUACAGCGACAAGAAAAUUAUUUAAACUUUAACUAAAAAAUAUUAUGAUAAAUACAAUCAAAAAUAUCAAAAAUUAUUUGUAGUGUAAGAUCGAAAAAUUCUAGAACUAAUCUUGGAAGAUUCAACAUAAUGCAUAAUAUUAAAUUUGCAUAGUGAUUAUAAAAUUUAAAAUUAUAAUUAAUUAUAAUUAAUUAUAU